AACAGUUCGCGGUCGCGCGCGCUGAUAACGCCGUCCGUUACCUCAUCAUCUCUGUUGCCGGGAGAGAAAAAAUGAAGAUCGCAAAAAUCUCACUAUUACUGAGUUUGAUGACUGUCACAGGAGCCGAAGAAUCUUCGGUGGAAGAAGAAUUGGUGCAAUCUUUACAUUCAGUCACAACAGAUGGUGCUUUAGAUAACACUGAUUUAGUGCUUGCUUUUGUGGUGUUCCGGCAUGGAGAUCGCACACCUGAUCACGAAGAAUUGGAUUUAAUGCCUUCUCCAAACGUAAAUUGGACAGAAGUUUUAUUUCCUUAUGGGAUGAAAGCAUUGACUAAUAAAGGUAAACAAAGGGGUUAUUAUGUCGGUAAGUAUCUUAGAAGUCGUUACAAUGGUUUCAUCUCGAGUAUGUAUUUGCCUGAUGAGAUAGAAGUAAGGACGACGGAUUUCGCACGAACAAAAAUGACAGCGUUGACACUCCUGGCGGCUUUGUACCACCCCCCGCCGGCGCAAAGAUGGCACUCUAAUCUUAAUUGGCAACCAGUGCCCUAUAACACUCUACCCCAUGAUGAAGAUGACCUUUUGUAUUGGUACAACUGCCCCAGGUACCUUUGGCUUAGAAACAAAGUUUAUAAAGAGCCUGAAGUAAAGUUGCGGAUAAAGCCAUACCAAGCAUUAUUUACAGAAUUGGGUAGAAGAACUGGCACUAAUAUUACUACACCUGAGGACGUGUUCUAUUUAGAUAAUUUGUUUCAAGCUCUUGAAAAUGUCGGAUAUCCUCCACCUUUAUGGGCCCAAGAGUUGAUGCCUCAAAUAAAGGAAAUGACUAAAAUAGAGUACGCUAUAGAAAAUUAUAACGCGGAAAUGAUAAGACUGUCUGCUGGAGUACUAAUGACUGAGAUACUGAACGCAUCGAACGCUACUGUGCGCGGAGAAGCCGUGGAGCCAAAAUUGCGACUAUAUUCCGCUCACGAAAACAACGUGGCCGCCAUAAUGGCGGCCGUAAGAGUUUUUGAGCCACACCAGCCACGAUACGGCUCUACAUUUUCUUUGGAGUUGAGGUUGCAUCGCCAUACUGGACAGUAUGGAAUGGCGGCCGUGUAUUCUCCGACAGCGGGGGGGCCAACCAAAAUACUACCCAUAGCUGGCUGCGGUGGAGGUGAAAUAUGCGAUUACGAGGUCUUUUUAGCUAUAACGCAAGAAGCUGUUUUAAGUAAGGAGCAGUUUAAUAAAGAGUGCCCUGUAAUAAAUUGAUGAAGAUGUACGGACAACAGCACAUCAUUUUUGUUCGAAAAUCGCCUCCAUUGCAACGGAACAAGAUACGUCAAUGUGUAGCUUGAUGUGCUGGCGUGUGUACAUCUUCCAAAAAAUAGUUAAAAGCGUAAAAGCGCUUUAAACUUCUGGGUUGGGAUGCGAAAGUGGAUCGCAUUCUGAUUGUCUCGAAAGGAGACCGAAAAAGUGACAACAUAAACACAAUUACUUCCUCCGACGCAUAAUCAGUCAACCAUACAAAGUGGUCAAACUUUUCUUACAAAUAGAUAUCUGUUUCAAGAUGUUCUUCUUCUUGUAACGCGUAAACACGUCCUUUUUAAGAGUUUUCCUAAACGACUGUGGCAAUAAGUAAACUUUGAUUUAGUCUUCUCUAGAUCUCGCUUACAAUUUUUGUAUUUCUAUUAAUUAUGUAUGUACAUACUUAUAUUACAGCGUGUUUAAAGUUUGUGUUAAUGUGAAAUGUACAAAUACAUCUUUAAU